GGCUUUACGUCAUUGGUCGGCGCCGGGAAACCUGCCAUUCUUCGCUGCUGAUCGCGGGAUUCUUUUUGGAUAGGUUUGACGUUCGUGGAUAGACUCGUAUCUGUGACCGGUGUCCGCCACCGCGGAUGGCAAGAGACCUGAUCGGACCGGCCCUGCCGCCCGGCUUCAAGGCCCACGGAACAGCAGAGGACGAAGAGCGGGACCCGAGCCCUGUUGCAGGACCAGCUCUGCCCCCUAAUUAUAAAAGCAGUAAUUCAGAUUCAUCAGACAGUGAUGAAGACAGUAGUUCUUUGUACGAAGAAGGAAAUCAAGAAUCUGAAGAAGAUGACAUUGGUCCAACUGCAAGAAAACAGAGGAGAAAUCAGGAUGAUGACAAUGAUGAUGAUGGGUUUUUUGGACCAGCCCUUCCUCCUGGAUUUAAAAAGCAGGAUGAUUCUCCUCCAAGGCCCAUAAUAGGUCCUGCAUUGCCACCUGGUUUCAUUAAAUCUACACAGAAAAGUGACAAGGGCAGAGAUGAUCCAGGACAACAGGAAACGGACAGCAGUGAAGAUGAGGAUGUUAUUGGACCAAUGCCUGCAAAAGGACCAGUUAACUAUAAUGUAACGACAGAGUUUGAAAAAAGGGCCCAGAGAAUGAAAGAAAAACUGACCAAAGGAGAUGAUGAUUCAUCUAAACCCAUUGUAAGAGAGUCAUGGAUGACUGAACUUCCUCCAGAAAUGAAAGACUUUGGUCUUGGGCCAAGGACUUUUAAGAGAAGAGCUGAUGACACAUCUGGAGAUCGAUCAAUCUGGACAGAUACUCCAGCUGAUAGGGAAAGGAAAGCUAAGGAAACACAAGAAGCAAGGAAGUCAUCCAGUAAGAAAGAUGAAGAACAUAUAUUAUCAGGAAGAGAUAAGAGACUGGCUGAGCAGGUAUCUUCAUACAAUGAAUCAAAAAGGUCAGAAUCUCUUAUGGACAUACAUCAUAAAAAGUUAAAGAGUAAGGCUGCUGAAGACAAAAAUAAGCCUCAAGAGAGAAUACCAUUUGACCGUGAUAAAGAUCUCAAGGUUAAUCGGUUUGAUGAAGCUCAGAAAAAAGCCCUAAUAAAAAAAUCUAGAGAACUAAACACGAGAUUUUCACAUGGCAAAGGCAAUAUGUUUUUAUAAUGAUAGGUAUUAUUAGAAAAAAGUUAUUUGUUGAGUUACACCUAAGAGGAAGAAGUAACAUGAUGGAAAGUGGUUGGAGAUAGCACCCAAUUAACAUCGACAGCCAAGUCUUCUAUUUCAGAAUAUUGAUUUAUUUUGCUUUGGCUUUUGAUGCCAUCGUGAGAUUUAAGUCUGCAGUUUCAAAAGCUCAUGCUACUUAGAAGAGGUGAUUUUUGCAGCUUAAAAAAUUGCUUGUGACUGCAGUAUGUACACAGUUAAAAAGCUGUUCACUGCCCCUUUCAACCUUUUCAUUUUGAGCUUUACUAAGAGAAUGUUUUUAGGAACAGAAUUCCUAAAGUGUAAUUUUUUAUGUAUAAAUAAAGUUUUAUCUAUAUCUGA